AUGACAGAGCAAGAAACAAAGCCCACCACCAGCAGCAGCACCGAUGAGUCCAGCAGCAGCGGCGGAUCAGGAGGCGGGGCCCGCAAGCACAUACCCCUCGCCAUCAGAGCCCCUCCCCCUCCCCCGCCCCGCCUGUCUUCUCCCGCCGUCACAGCAGUGACGGUCUCUGUGGCUCUCACUGCUGCUGCUGCUGCACAGCCACUACCACAGGACUUCUCCCCAAGAAGCAUGGCCCAUGAUCUCAUGGCGGAGAUUGUGGCGACGACGGGGUACGUGUGGGAUAUUGAUGCGCUGGUCCUGCUGCAGGUGGCGGCGGAGGACUUUUUGAAUGGGUUUACGGAGGUUGAGUUGGGUGAGAUGGCGGAGGAUUUUGAGAAAUUUGUGAGGGGUUUGGGGCAGCAGUAUUGA